AUACAGCGCGCGCUUUUCCUAUUUCCUUCGCGGGGCGGGCGCAGAAUUGGCGCGCGUGGGCCCCCACGUGUCGGUGGAUGGAGCAGACAUGGAGCCGCCGUGGCUGCAGCUCCUGGCCGGGCCGUGCCGCCUGUUGCUCCACGCUCUGUGCUCCGGCCCCGCUGGGUCCCUGGCCGCUCUCCGUGCCCUGCAGCGGCUGCAGGCCCAGCACGGAGCGGGACACGCGUUCCCCUGGUCGAGCUUUGCGGACUCGCUGUGUGCGGAGGAGCCCACGUUGGACGGGCCGGAUGGAGCCUUGGUUGUCAAACCGCGGCUGCUGCUGCUCCCCGUCCUGUGCCAGAGGAACCUCUUCUCGCUGCUGAACGCAGUCUUAGAGCUGGUACCUGCAAACUGCAUCCAGCAGCUGCUGCGUGCUGCAGGGCAGGACCCCCAGCCCGACCCCUGGGUGCACGCACUGCGGGUGCUGCUGCUGCAGGGAAUGGAGCGUUCCUUCCCACCCCCCCCUGCCCUGACAGCGUCCUGCCAGCAGCAGCUCAAACGUCUGUGCCAGAAAAUCACCCAGAGCAAAGCAGAGGGGAGGAGCAAACUGAGGUGGUGCUUCAGCAAACGGGAUGGGGAUGAUGGGGCUGGUUGUGUGCUACCAGGGGGGAAGCGCAAGAAGGUGCUGGAGGAAAGUCUGGAGUUGAAUGAAGAGAGGGAGGGGAAGAGGCCGCUGCUGGAGGAUGCGGUGAUUGAGCUGCAGGGAGGUGAGGAUGGCACGGCUGGGAUGGGAGGAGAGGAGCAUGGAGAGACAUCGGGGGAUGGAUGUGCACAGAGCCCGGCUGGGGCUGCCUUGGAAAGCACCCAGCAGGAGGCAGACAAGGAGCCCAGGAGGAGUUUGGGGCCGGAGGUGGCAGCGGAGGUCCAGUCCUUUAUCCAGAUGCACGGACCAAGGCUGAAAAUGCUGCUGCUGCAAGAAGCCAAUCACACAGAGCUGAGCGUCCCACCUGAGCUGCACAUCCUCAACAGCUGCUCUCCAAGCCAGCUCCAGGGGCUGUGCUCCUUCCUCCAGCUCUCCACGUGUCCGGAGCAGCUCCUGGUGCAGUUCUGCAGCUGGUUGCUGGCUCUCACACCCGACCUCAGCUACUCCAGUGCAGCUGUCCUGGCUGAGCAGCUUUUCCUCACUCGAGUCCUGUCCCUCUCACAGCCGCCCUCCCGACACCUCAUGGCUGCCCUCACCUCCUUCUGCUCCAAGUACUCGGAGCCCUUCUGUCAGGUCCUGGUGGCUCCGGUCCUGCAGGAGCCAGGGCAAGGCGCUGAGCAGACCAAGCUGCUGUGUGAGCUCAUAGACGAGUGCCUGGAGCCCGACUGCGUCAGGAUGGUGUUGGGCCAGGUGCUGGCCGUCCCUCUGACCGAGCAGCUGCUGCUGGUGGUGCUGGCUGUGCUGGGGAGGCAGGAGCCGCUGCCCUCUGAGCUGUUUGACCUCCUGGUGCUCACCCUGUGCCGACAGGCCCCGGCCUUUGCCACCUCUCUGAGCUAUGCCAAGCUGCUGACGGCCGUGCUGACCACGUACCACAGCCAGCUCAGCCCGUCGCACCGCAGCCGUCUGGCAGCAGCUCUGGAUGGCAGCAAUGCAGCACUGAGGGGAUCCCUGCAGGCCGUGCUGGGCAGAUGAGCAGCUUGGAGGCUUCCAAGGCUGGAGGAGAGGCUGGCAGGCUGUGUGUCCUUGGACAGCACAACAGGGACCCAAUGUGCGGCCAUAGAAGCGAGUGUGGGCUGUGUGUGAGC